AGAACCCAACAACCCGAAAACAACCGCGAAAUUCUUCUAACAACAAAACCACUAGAAUAAAAGAAAGACCCUCUCUCUUUUUUCUUUUUUUCUCUUUAUCUUUCUCUUUCUCUUUCGGUUAUUCUUUUUACUUGACGUUGAAACCGAAUCAAACUAAAAACCUAUCGCAUCGCAAUACCAUAGUCUUCGUAUGCGCAAUCGAGCGCCGUAGAACAAUGGCGUCUCCGGAAUCAAUCUUUUUAGAAGAUUUCGGGCAGACGGUUGAUCUCACGCGCCGCAUCCGCGAGGUUCUGCUGAACUAUCCGGAGGGAACCACGGUCCUCAAGGAGCUCAUACAGAAUGCAGACGACGCCGGCGCCACCACCGUCUCGCUCUGCCUCGAUCGCCGCACCCACCGUGGCGAUUCGCUGCUCACGAACUCUCUCGCGCAGUGGCAGGGACCCGCUCUGCUGGCCUACAAUGAUGCCGUUUUCACCGAGGAUGAUUUCGUCAGCAUCUCCAAGAUCGGCGGAAGCGCCAAGCACGGACAGGCCUCCAAGACCGGUCGCUUCGGGGUUGGCUUCAACUCAGUGUACCAUUUGACAGAUCUUCCCUCUUUUGUGAGUGGCAAAUAUGUUGUGUUGUUUGAUCCCCAGGGUGCUUAUCUUCCAAGAGUUUCUGCAGCAAAUCCCGGGAAGCGGAUUGAUUUCACUGGUUCAUCUGCGCUCUCGUUUUACAGGGACCAGUUUUCCCCAUAUUGUACUUUUGGUUGUGACAUGCAAAGUCCUUUUUCUGGAACACUGUUCCGUUUUCCUUUGAGAAAUGCAGACCAGGCAGCCAGAAGUAAGCUCUCAAGGCAAGCAUAUUCACCAGAAGACAUUUCCUCCAUGUUUGUUCAGCUCUUUGAAGAAGGAGUUUUGGCACUUCUCUUUCUUAAGAGUGUGCUGUGCAUUGAAAUGUAUUUGUGGGAUGUCGGAGAACCUGAACCUAAGAAAAUUCAUUCAUGUUCUGUCAGUUCAGUAUCUGAUGAUACAGUUUGGCAUCGACAGGCACUGGUCAGAUUGUCUAAGCGUUUAAAUACUACAGCUGAAAUGGAUGCAUUUCUGUUGGACUUUGUAAGUGAGAGAAUAAGUGGUGAUGAAGCUAAGAGGCAAACCGAGAGAUUUUAUGUGGUGCAAAGCAUGGCCGCAGCAUCUAGUAGGAUUGGCUCUUUUGCUACUACUGCAUCAAAAGAUUAUGACAUUCACUUGCUGCCAUGGGCAUCAAUUGCGGCAUGCAUUUCUGAAAAUUUACCGAAUAACAAUAUUCUUAGGACUGGUCAAGCUUUUUGUUUUCUUCCACUACCUGUUAGAACCGGCCUUAGUGUACAAGUCAAUGGAUUCUUUGAGGUCUCAUCAAAUCGUCGUGGCAUCUGGUAUGGGGAUGACAUGGAUAGAAGUGGAAAAGUUCGUUCUAACUGGAAUAGGCUUCUUCUGGAAGAUCUUGUUGCUCCUGCUUUUAUGCAUAUGCUACUUGGUAUUAAAGAAUUGCUAGGCCCAACAGACCUUUACUAUUCUUUGUGGCCUACUGGCACUUUUGAAGAGCCAUGGAAUAUAUUGGUUGAACAAAUAUACAAAAAUAUUUGUAAUGCUACAGUUAUGUAUUCAGAUGUCAAUGGAGGAAGUUGGGUAUCACCAAGUGAAGCCUUUCUUCAUGAUGAAAAAUUCUCCAAAAGUGAGGACCUUGGUUUGGCUUUGAUGAAGCUGGGAAUGCCAGUUGUGCAUUUACCUAAUUCAUUGUUUGAUUUGCUUUUACAGUAUAGCUCAAGCAAGGUGGUUACACCUGGUACAGUACGUCAAUUUCUUAGAGAAAAUGGUAGACUUAAUUAUUUGAGCAGACAAUACAAGCUUCUAUUGCUCGAAUAUUGCCUAGAGGACUUGGUUGAUGAUGAUGUUGGAAAAGAGGCAUAUGAUAUGCCUUUACUUCCUUUAGCUAAUGGCAAUUUUGCAUCAUUUUCAGAAGCAUCAAAAGAAGUUUCUUAUUUCAUUUGUGAUGAAUUAGAAUACAAGCUUAUGCAACUGGUUUCUGAUAGAGUAAUUGAUCCGAACAUUCCUCCUAAUAUAUUAAGGAGACUCUCUGCUAUUGCGAUGUCCUCAAAAACCAAUGUCAUUCUUUUUAGUAUUCACCAUUUUGCCCAGCUAUUUCCUGCAUUUAUGCCAAGUGACUGGAAAUAUAAAAGUAAAGUGUUUUGGAACCCUGACUCUUGUCAAAAGCCAACAUCAUCAUGGUUUCUGCUAUUCUGGCAAUAUCUAGGAAAGCACACUGAAAUAUUACCACUAUUUAGUGAUUGGCCGAUUUUGCCUUCCACAUCAGGGCAUUUGUUAAGACCUUCUAGGCAGUUGAAAAUGAUCAAUGGAAGCAAUAUCUCUGAUAUGGUACAGGGUGUCCUUGUAAAAGUUGGAUGUCAUAUAUUGAAUCCAAAUUAUGUAAUUGAGCAUCCAGAUAUAUCUAGUUAUGUAUGUGAUGACAGUGCAACAGGUGUUCUGGAAUCAAUAUUUAAUGCAGUUUCAAGUCCUGAAGCUAUGCAUGCUUCACUAGAUAGUCUAGCAACUGAAGAGAGAAAUGAACUCCGGAGAUUUCUUCUUGAUCCUAAAUGGUAUGUUGGACACUCUAUGGAUGAAUUUAGCAUAAGAUUUUGCAAGAGAUUACCUAUAUUUAGAGUCUACGGAAGAGAGUCUGCUGAAGAUUUCCAAUUUUCUGCCUUAGACAAUCCUCGAAAGUACUUACCACCACUGGAUGUGCCAGAGAUUAUUUUUGUGGGCAUUGAGUUCAUGGUCAAAUCCUCAAAAGUUGAAGAGGAUAUUUUGUCAAGAUGUUAUGGAGUUGAGAGAAUGGGUAAAGCACAAUUUUACAUGCAACAUGUUUUUAAUAGAGUUAGUGAGUUGCAAGCUGAUGUUCGGGAUAGCAUAAUGUUAUCAGUUCUACAAAAUUUGGCACUUUUGUCCCUUGAAGAUGCAUAUAUCAAGGACUCAUUGAAAAAUUUGAAAUUCAUACCGACACUCACGGGUGCUCUUAAGUGUCCUUCAGUUUUGUAUGAUCCUUAUAAUGAAGAACUAUAUGCAUUACUAGAAGACUCAGAUAAUUUCCCUGCUGGUGCUUUUCGAGAAUCUGAAAUAUUAAAUAUUCUACGAGGCUUGGGACUUAGAACUUCUGUGUCUCCAGAUACUGUUAUAGAAUGUGCUCGAUGCAUCGAGCGUUUGAUGCAUGAGGAUCAACAAAAGGCAUACUUAAGAGGGAAAGUGCUUGUCUCUUACCUUGAAGUUAAUGCACUGAAGUGGCUUCCUGAUCAAGUUGUUGAUAAUAAAGGAGCAGUUAACCGAAUAUUGUCACGAGCAACAACUGCUUUUAGGUCUAGCAACACAAAAUCUGAUCUCGAAAAAUUUUGGAAUGAGCUAAGACUGAUUUCCUGGUGCCCAGUUCUAGUCACUACUCCUUUUCAAUCAUUACCAUGGCCAGUUGUUUCAUCAAUGGUUGCUCCUCCAAAACUUGUAAGGCCACUAAGUGAUUUGUGGCUUGUCUCAGCUAGCAUGCGAAUAUUGGACAUCGAAUGCUCUUCCACAGCUUUAUUGUAUGGUCUGGGAUGGAUGUCCCCACCUGGAGGAGGUGUAAUUGCUGCACAAUUAUUGGAGCUUGGGAAAAACAAUGAGAUUGUGUCUGAUCAAGUUCUGAGGCAGGAAUUAGCUCUGUCAAUGCCGAGAAUAUAUUCAAUACUGACUGGAAUGAUGUCUUCAGAUGAGAUUGAGAUUGUAAAAGCUGUUCUUGAAGGAUGUCGAUGGAUUUGGGUGGGUGAUGGAUUCGCAACUUCUGAAGAAGUUGUUCUAGAUGGUCCUCUUCAUUUGGCUCCAUAUAUUCGUGUUAUCCCAGUUGAUUUGGCAGUUUUCAAAAAAUUGUUUCUUGAACUUGGUAUUCGUGAAUUCUUGCAACCUGCUGAUUAUGCUAAUAUUCUUCAUAGGAUGGCAGUUAGAAAAGGAUCAUCUCCUCUUGACACACAGGAGAUAAGGGCUGUCACAUUAAUAGUGCAUCAUUUAGCUGAAGUUUACCAUCAUGAACAAAAAGUCCAGCUCUAUCUGCCAGAUGUGUCAGGUAGACUAUUUCUUGCUGGUGAUUUGGUUUAUAAUGAUGCCCCCUGGUUGCUUGGCUCAGAUGAUUCCAAUGGCUCAUUUGGCAGUGCUCCAACUGUAGAUUGGAAUGUGAAGAAAACAGUUCAAAAAUUUGUGCAUGGAAACAUUUCUAAUGAUGUAGCAGAAAAGCUUGGAGUUUGCUCUCUGCGCCGGAUGUUGCUGGCCGAGAGUUCAGAUUCAAUGAAUUUUGGCCUGUCUGGAGCUGCCGAGGCUUUUGGACAGCAUGAGGCUUUGACUACAAGGCUCAAGCAUAUACUUGAAAUGUAUGCUGAUGGACCAGGGACCCUAUUUGAGCUGGUACAGAAUGCAGAAGAUGCAGGAGCUUCUGAAGUAAUAUUUCUUUUGGAUAAUUCUCACUAUGGGACUUCUUCUAUUCUUUCUCCUGAAAUGGCGGAUUGGCAAGGUCCUGCUCUCUACUGUUUCAAUGACUCAGUGUUUAGUCCCCAAGAUCUUUAUGCAAUAUCGCGUAUUGGUCAAGAAAGUAAACUUGAGAAGGCUUUUGCAAUUGGAAGAUUUGGACUAGGAUUUAAUUGUGUCUAUCACUUUACUGACAUCCCUAUGUUUGUUUCUGGAGAAAAUAUUGUAAUGUUUGAUCCUCAUGCCAGUAAUUUGCCUGGGAUUUCACCUUCGCAUCCUGGUUUACGAAUUAAGUUUGUGGGACGACAGAUUUUGGAGCAAUUUCCUGACCAGUUUUCCCCAAUGCUACAUUUUGGCUGUGAUUUGCAACAUCCUUUUCCUGGUACAUUAUUUCGGUUCCCUCUUAGAAGUGCAGGUGUUGCCUCCCGGAGUCAAAUCAAAAAGGAAAUUUAUACACCUGAAGAUGUCAGAUCUCUUUUUACUUCUUUUUCUGAAGUUGUUUCUGAAACAUUACUUUUUCUGCGCAAUGUGAAAUCUAUCUCUAUUUUUGUAAAGGAAGGAACAGUGAAUGAAAUGCACCUCCUGCACCGUGUAUGCAGAACCUGUAUAGGUGAGCCUGAAAUUGGAUCUGCUGAAGCCCAGGAUGUGUUCAAUUUCUUCAAGGAAAGUAGACGUGUUGGAAUGAAUAGAGCUCAGUUACUGAAGAAACUAAGCCUAUCCAUUGGCAGAGAUUUGCCUUAUAAAUGCCAGAAGAUCAUAAUUACUGAACAAAACACAUCUAGUCGUAGUUCACACUAUUGGAUAACCACAGAAUGUUUAGGUGAUGGGAAUGCUCAAAAGAAAAGAUCUGAAACAGCCAAUAGUAGCUGUUACAAUUUUGUUCCAUGGGCAUGUGUUGCUGCAUAUUUGAAUUCUGUCAAGGUUGACAUUGACCUAGUUGAAAGUUCAAAGGGGGAGAAUGAUUGCACGGUUUCUCCUGAUCUGUUUCAAAGUGUUAGUUUGCCUAAUCAUCAACUGGAAAAUUUUGAAGGUCGUGCAUUUUGCUUUUUACCUUUACCAAUCAGUACUGGUCUUCCUGCUCAUGUGAAUGCAUACUUUGAAUUAUCAUCAAAUCGCAGGGAUAUCUGGUUUGGUUCUGAUAUGGCUGGAGGUGGAAGAAAGCGCUCAGAGUGGAAUAUUUUCCUCCUUGAAAAUGUUGUUGCCCCUGCAUAUGGUCGUUUGCUUGAGAAGAUAGCAUCAGAGAUCGGCCCUUGCAAUUUGUUCUUCUCGUUAUGGCCAACAACCUUAGGGUUAGAACCUUGGGCAUCUGCAGUACGGAAACUCUAUCAAUUUGUUGCUCAGUUUAAUCUCCGUGUAUUAUAUACUGAAGCUAGAGGAGGACAGUGGAUUUCAACCAAACAUGCUAUAUUUCCUGAUUUUACUUUCCCCAAGGCAGCUGAGCUUGUAAAAGCGUUGUCUGGGGCUGCUCUACCUGUCAUUACUCUUCCACAGUCGCUUUCUGAAAGGUUUAUGGAAAUCUGUCCGUCAUUGCAUUUUAUGACUCCUAAGCUGUUAAGGACCCUUUUAAUCAGAAGGAAGCGCGAAUUCAAAGAUAGGGAUGCAAUGAUUCUGACUCUUGAAUAUUGCUUACAUGACUUGCAAAAAUCCUUGCAGUUUGAUGCCCUAUGUGGCUUGCCUUUGUUACCAGUUGCAGAUGGUUCCUUUACAUCAAUUGAUAUGAAGGGAGUUGGAGAAAGAGUUUACAUUGCACGUGGUGAUGAAUACGGCCUUCUGAAAGAUUCUAUUCCUCAUCAACUUGUAGAUUGUGCUAUUCCUGAAGAAGUUCAUAGAAAACUUUGUUACAUUGCCGAAACAGAUGGAACAAACAUUUCUUUCCUGUCAUGCCAAUUGCUUGAGAAACUUCUUGUGAAAUUACUUCCUGUAGAGUGGCAACAUGCUCGGCAAGUAAGUUGGACUCCUGGUAUUCAUGGCCAACCAAGUGUAGAGUGGUUGCAACUACUAUGGAACUAUCUGAAAUCAUAUUGUGAUGAUCUUAUCAUGUUUUCUAACUGGCCUAUAUUGCCAGUUGGGGAUGACUGCCUGAUGCAGUUAGCACAAAAGUUGAAUGUGAUAAGAAAUGAUGGAUGGAGUGAGAAGAUGUCUUCUUUGUUAGUGAAGGUUGGAUGUUUAUUCUUGAGACAUGAUCUGCUAUUGGAUCACCCUAAAUUGGAAUGCUUUGUGCAGUCAGCAACAGCAAGAGGUGUACUAAAUGUGUUUCUGGCUAUUGCUUUGGAACCACAGAAGAUUGAGGGGAUCUUUACAGAUGUAUCUGAAGGGGAGCUUCAUGAACUAAGAAGUUUUAUUCUCCAAACAAAAUGGUUCUCUGAAGAGCAGAUUGAUGACACGCAUAUUGAAAUCAUCAAGCACCUUCCAAUAUUUGAGUCUUACAAAAGCAGAAAGCUAGUUAGUUUGAGUAGUCCUAUUAAAUGGCUUGGUCCUACUGGUGUUUGUGAAGAUCUCUUAAAUGAUAAUUUCUUAAGAACUGAAUCAGAAACAGAGCGAGUCAUUAUGAAAAGGUAUUUAGGGAUGAAAGAACCAACUAAAGUGGAAUUCUACAAAGAUUACAUUUUCAAUCACAUGUCAGAGUUCCUUUCAAGACAAGAAGUUGUUUUGGCCAUUCUGCAUGACGUGCAAAAUUUGAUUGAAGAGGAUCUCUCUCUCAAGUCUUCAUUCUCGUGUGCACAAUUUGUUCAGGCAGCCAAUGGAUCUUGGCAACAACCAUCAAGGCUUUAUGAUCCUCGGGUUCCUCACCUUAAAAAGAUGCUUCAUGGGAAUGCUUUCUUUCCUUCUGACAAAUUCUUAGAUCCCAAAAUUUUGGAUACUUUAGUUUGCCUUGGACUUAGGACAACUCUAGGAUUUACUGGCUUGCUUGAUUGUGCUAGAUCAGUCGGUCUCUUGCAUGAUUCUGGGGACAUUGAUGCCUCCAAGCAUGGUGGAGAGUUGCUGCAUCUUUUAGAUACAUUAGCCCAUAAUCUCUCAAAUAAAGUUGGAAGUAAGAAUGAUGAUCAACAAGGUGGUGUGGCUCUGGAAAGUAGCAGCAUGACGGAUGAUGCUUUUGUAUAUGAUGGUUUCCCUAAAGAAGAGACCUACCUAACUGAUAUUGAUUUAUUUUGUAGCAGCUCAACAUUUGAUAUGGUAGAAGAAGAAUUUUGGUCUGAAUUGAAGCUAAUCUCUUGGUGUCCAGUAAUUUCUGAUCCAGCUGUUAUGGGGCUUCCAUGGUUAAAGUCCAAUAACCAAGUUGUUGCACCCCCCACUACGGUGAGGCCUAAAUCACAGAUGUGGAUGGUAUCUUCUUCAAUGUUUAUUUUAGACGGUGAAUGUGACACUACAUAUCUACAAACUGAACUUGGGUGGAUGGAUUGCCCAAAUGUUGAUGUUUUAACAAGGCAGUUAGUUGAGCUAUCUAAGUCCUAUCAGCGGCUUAAGAUAAAUUCACUGCUGGAGCCUAGUUUUGAAGCUCAGUUGCAAAAGGAAAUACCUUGCCUUUACUCAAAAUUGCAGGAAUUUAUUAAUACUGAGGAUAUCAAUAACCUGAAAGCAGGGUUGGAUGGUGCUUCAUGGGUUUGGAUUGGUGAUGAUUUUGUAUCACCAAAUGCACUGGCAUUUGAUUCACCUGUAAAAUUUACACCUUAUUUGUAUGUUGUUCCAUCUGAACUAUCAGAGUAUAAAGAUUUGUUGAUAAAGCUGGGAGUUAGAUUGAGUUUUGGUAUUUCAGACUAUCUUCAAGUAUUACAAAGGUUGCAGAAUGAUGUGCAUGGGGUUCCGCUGUCCACAGAUCAGUUAAAUUUUGUCCAUUGCGUCCUUGAAGCCGUAGUAGAAUGUUGCUUGGAGAAGCCACUUUUUGAGACUUUUGAUAGUCCCUUGUUGAUUCCUAAUGAUUUUGGAGUUCUGAUGCAAGCAGGAGAUCUUGUAUAUAAUGAUGCACCUUGGCUGGAAAACAGCUCUCUUAUUGGGAGACAUUUUGUGCAUCCAGUUAUAGGCAAUGAUUUGGCUGACAAGCUUGGUGUACAGUCAGUUCGAUGCCUUUCUUUAGUCAGUGAUGAUUUGACUAAAGAUCUGCCCUGCAUGGACUACAAUAAAGUAAAUGAACUUUUGGCUGUGUAUGGAAACAAUGAGUUUUUGUUGUUUGACCUUCUUGAGUUGGCAGAUUGCUGCCAAGCCAAGAGAUUACACCUGAUUUAUGAUAAGAGGGAACAUCCUCGUCAAUCCCUGCUGCAGCACAAUUUAGGUGAAUUCCAAGGGCCUGCGCUUAUAGUAAUCUUCGAAGGUGCUUGCUUGAGUCGAGAGGAAUUUAGUAAUCUCCAGCUCCGUCCUCCAUGGAGAUUGCGUGGCAGCACAAUUAACUAUGGUUUGGGAUUGGUUAGCUGCUAUUCCAUCUGUGACCUUCUCUCAGUCAUGUCUGGUGGCUUCUUUUAUAUGUUUGAUCCUCGUGGUUUGGUACUUGGUACACCUUUGACGAAUGCCCCAUCAGCAAAGAUGUUUUCUUUGAUAGGUAAUGAUCUGACUCAACGAUUUUGUGAUCAAUUUAGUCCAAUGCUCAUUGAGCAGACGGACUUGUGGUCAUUAGCUGAUUCUACCAUUAUUCGGAUGCCUUUAUCUUCUGAUUGCUUGAAGCAUGGACCUGACCUUGGAUCAAAUAGAAUACGGAAUAUUAUUGACAUAUUUAUGAAGCAUGGAUCUAGAGCACUCCUGUUUCUGAAGUCGGUUUUACAGGUAUACAUUUCAACGUGGGAAGAAGGAGAAUCUAAUCCAAGGCGGAAUUUUUCUAUAAGCAUUGACCCAUCAUCUUCUAUUUUGAGGAAUCCAUUUUCUGAAAAGAAAUGGAGAAAGUUUCAAUUAUCAAGAAUAUUUAGCAGCUCCAAUGCGAUGAUAAAGAUGCAUGUAAUUGAUGUGAAUUUAUAUUCAGAAGGAACUAAAGUCAUUGAUAGAUGGCUUGUUGCACUCAGCUUGGGUUCUGGGCAAACCAGAAAUAUGGCUCUUGAUCGGAGGUAUCUUGCAUACAACUUGACUCCUGUUGCUGGAAUAGCAGCACUUAUAUCCAGCAAUGGCCAUCAUGCCAAUGAUUGCUCAAGGAGCUCAAUUAUGGCCCCUCUUCCUUUGUCUGGUUGUGUAAACUUGCCUGUCACUAUAAUAGGUUGUUUCCUUGUGUGUCACAAUAGGGGUCGUUAUCUCUUUAAAUACCAAGACAGAGGGGCUUCCACCGAGGGACACUUUGAUGCCGGAAAUCAAUUAAUUGAAUCUUGGAACAGAGAGGUGAUGUCUUGUGUAUGUGAUUCCUAUGUUGAAAUGGUUUUGCAGAUUCAGAAGCUAAGAAGAGAUAUUCCAAGCUCAUUAUUUGAUUCGAGUACCUAUUCUGCAAUCAGUCUCUCUUUGAAGUCUUAUGGAGAUCAAAUCUACUCCUUCUGGCCACGAUCUUGUGAGAGGCAAGUUCUGAUUGAUCAACACGCUAAUCACGAUGACAACCCUCCAAGUCCACCAAGAGUUGUUCUUAAAGCAGACUGGGAAUGCCUUAAAGAUCGGGUAAUACAACCAUUUUAUUCUCGUAUUGUUGACCUUCCGGUAUGGCAGCUGUACUCAGGAAAUUUGGUCAAGGCUGAAGAAGGCAUGUUUCUUUCACAGCCGGGUAAUGGAUUGGUUGGUAAUUUGCUUCCAGCUACAGUUUGCAGCUUUGUAAAGGAGCAUUAUCCUGUAUUUUCAGUACCGUGGGAAUUGGUGACUGAAAUCCAAGCUGUGGGUUUUUCAGUGCGAGAAAUUAGACCUAAAAUGGUUAGGGAUCUUCUAAAGGUUUCUUCAAAACCAUUUACUCUGAGAUCAGUUGACAUGUAUAUAGAUGUUCUUGAAUAUUGCCUGUCUGAUUUUCAGAAAACAGAGUCACCCACCUCAGCCAAAGAUAAUGAUCCUGAUACUUCCAAUGCUUUUUCCCGAGAAACUGAUAUCCACAGAAUCACUUCUUCUCAGCAUAAUAUUCAAGGCUCCACUACUCGGGGAGAAGCCAGUUCCGGAGAUGCAUUGGAAAUGAUGACAAGUUUAGGGAAGGCUUUAUUUGAUUUUGGUCGGGGUGUUGUUGAAGACAUUGGUAGAUCAGGAGCACCCGGGGCUUACAGUAAUGCUAUGACUUCCAUUGGUCAAAGUAGGGACCAGAAGUUCAUAUUAAUUGCUUCAGAACUCAAAGGCUUACCAUUUCCAACUGGAACUAGCAAUUUAAAAAAGUUGGGCUUUAAUGAACUUUGGAUUGGGAAUAAAGAGCAACAGUCAUUGAUGCUUCCCUUGGGAGAAAAAUUUAUUCAUCCUAAACUAAUAGACAGGCCUCUCUUAGGUGGCAUAUUUUCUAAUGUUACCCUCCAGUCACUAUUAAAGCUGCGAAACUUCUCCCUUAAUUUACUGGCCAAUCAUAUGAAACAAAUUUUCCAUGAAGAUUGGGUGAACCAUGUAAUGGGAUCAAAUAUGGCUCCAUGGCUUUCUUGGGAGAAACUUCCUAGUUCUGGAAGUCAAGGGGGUCCCUCACCUGAAUGGAUUAGAACCUUCUGGAAAAGUUUUAGGGGCUCAACGGAAGAAUUAUCCCUUUUCUCUGAUUGGCCCCUAAUUCCUGCAUUUCUUGGUAGGCCAGUCUUGUGCCGUGUUAGUGAGCGGCAUCUGGUAUUCAUUCCUCCUCUUUUGGAGCACUCAAAUUCGACAAGUGGGAUUUCAGAAAGAGAAUCUUUGGAGCACUCAAAUUCGACAAGUGGGAUUUCAGAAAGAGAAUCUUUGGAGCACUCAAAUUCGACAAGUGGGAUUUCAGAAAGAGAAUCUACCGAAAGUUAUGUGAGUGGUGUUAGGGUGACAAGGGAUGAUACUUCUGAAACUGACUUAGCAGAGUCCUAUAUUUCAGCUUUUAAAAGAUUCAAAACCAAUUAUCCCUGGUUGUUGCCAAUGUUAAACCAGUGUAACAUACCCAUAUUUGAUGAGGCAUUUAUAGAUUGUGCUGCUUCAAGCAAUUGUUUUUCUAUGUCUGGUCAAUCUCUGGGCCAUGUCAUUGCAUCCAAACUUGUGGGAGCUAAGCAAGCUGGGUAUUUCACUGAACCAACUAAUCUCUCAACUUCAAAUUGCGAUGCACUUUUUUCACUCUUUUCUGAUGAAUUCUUCUCUAAUGACUUUCACUAUACCCGGGAACAAAUUGAAGCUUUGCGUUCUCUCCCAAUAUAUAAAACAGUUGUUGGUUCUUAUACUAAGUUGCAAGGUCAAGAUCAAUGCAUGAUCCCUUCAAAUUCAUUUUUAAAACCAUAUGAUGAGCGUUGUCUUUCAUGUGCCACUGAUUCAAAUGAAAGUUCGUUUCUUCGUGCCCUUGGAGUGCUAGAGUUGCAUGAUCAACAGAUCUUAGUACGCUUUGGCUUACCCGGCUUUGAAAGAAAAUCUCAGAAUGAGCAGGAGGAAAUAUUAAUACAUAUUUUUAAAAAUUGGCAUGAUCUUCAAUCAGAUCAGCUGGUGGUUGAAGCUUUGAAAGAAACUAAAUUUGUUAGAAAUUCUGAUGAGUUUUCAACAGAUCUGUUGAAGCCACUGGAUUUAUUUGAUCCUGGUGAUGCUAUCUUAAUAUCUGUAUUCUUUGGUGAGAGAAGAAAAUUUCCUGGAGAAAGGUUCAGCACAGAUGGGUGGCUUCGAAUACUAAGGAAACUUGGGCUUCGGACUGCUACAGAGGUAGAGGUAAUAAUUGAAUGUGCCAAAAGGGUUGAGUUUCUUGGAAUUGAGUGCAUGAAAUCAGGUGAUUUGGAUGAUUUCGAGACAGACAUAAUCAACAGUCAUUCUGAAGUUUCACCAGAGGUGUGGGCAUUAGGAGGUUCUGUAGUUGAAUUUGUUUUCUCCAACUUUGCUCUUUUCUUUAGCAACAACUUCUGUGAUCUUCUUAGCAAGAUUGCAUGCGUACCUGCUGAACUGGGGUUUCCUAGUGUUGGUUGCAAGAGGGUGCUUGCUUCGUAUAAUGAAGCUAUUUUGUCUAAAGAUUGGCCUCUGGCCUGGAGUUGUGCUCCCAUUCUUUCCAAACAACAUACUGUUCCUCCGGAGUACUCGUGGGGGCCUCUGCAUCUACGGAGUCCUCCUGCUUUUUGUACAGUUUUGAAGCACUUGCAAGUAAUUGGGAGAAAUGGAGGGGAAGACAUUCUUGCUCAUUGGCCCAUUGCUUCAGGAAUGAACAUUGAGGAAUGUACCUGCGAGAUUUUGAAAUAUUUAGACAAAAUUUGGGGUUCACUUUCUUCCUCAGAUGUGGCAGAGCUACGCAAAGUGGCUUUUCUUCCUGUUGCAAAUGGAACGCGCCUCGUGACUGCUGAUGCUCUUUUUGCUCGUUUGAUGAUAAAUUUGUCUCCAUUUGCUUUUGAGCUUCCUACUGUAUAUCUCCCAUUUGUAAAGAUUCUUAAAGAUUUGGGACUCCAGGACAUGUUAACACUCUCUGUUGCAAAGGGUCUUCUAUUACAUCUUCAGAAAGCUUGUGGAUAUCAGCGACUAAACCCCAAUGAGCUCCGUGCAGUGAUGGAAAUUUUGAAUUUCAUUUGUGAUCAAAUUGUCGAGGGGAACACAUUGGAUGGUUCAAACUGGAAAUCAGAAGCCAUAGUUCCAGAUGACGGCUGCAGACUUGUUCAUUCAGGAUCCUGUGUCUAUGUAGAUUCUUAUGGUUCUCGAUAUGUAAAAUGUAUUGAUACUUCCAGAGUUAGAUUUGUUCAUGUAGAUCUUCCUGAGAGAGUCUGUAUCAUGCUCGGCAUCAAAAAAUUGUCUGAUAUUGUCGUAGAGGAACUAGAUGAGAAUCACGCACUACAGACUUUGGGUUCUCUGGGGUCUGUUUUACUGGUGACCCUCAAACAGAAGUUAUCGAGCAAGUCUCUUCAAACUGCUGUCUGGACCAUUGUUAAAAGCAUGGGCAGUUACAUUCCUGCAUUCAAUAGUUUUUCAUUGGAUACAAUAGAAUGCUUAUUGAACUCUACUGCGGAAAAGAUGCAAUUUGUGAAGUGUCUUAAAACAAAAUUUCUGCUAUUGCCCAAUUUAGUAGAUGUUACACGUGCAGGCAAAGACUUUAGCAUCCCUGGGUGGAAGAAUGAUUCUGCACAUCAAACACUUUAUUUUUUGAACCAAUCAAGAUCCUGUAUUCUAGUUGCUGAACCACCAACUUAUAUUUCCCUUUUUGAUCUCAUUGCCAUUAUAGUCAGUCAGGUAUUAGGCUCUCCAAUCAUAUUGCCUGUUGGGCCCUUAUUUGGUUGUCCUGAAGGAUCUGAGAUUGCUAUUGUUAAUGUUUUAAAACUCUGCUCUGAUAAGAAAGAAGUCGAACCCAUAAAUGGGAGUAGCAAUAUGGUUGGCAAGGAAAUAUUGCCACAGGAUGCACGUCUUGUGCAGUUCCAUCCACUGAGGCCCUUUUAUUCUGGUGAAGUAGUAGCUUGGCGGUCUCAACAAGGUGAAAAGCUGAAGUAUGGUAGGGUUUGGGAAGAUGUUAGACCAUCUGCAGGUCAAGCUCUGUACAGAAUUAAAAUUGAAGUUGCGCAGGGAGAUACACAAUUUUUCCUUUCAUCACAAGUAUUUUCAUUUAAAAGUGUAUCAGCUAGUAGUCCUCUAAAAGAAACACUGGUGCAUGAUAGCCCUUUAUUGAGUAGUAACAUGCCCAAUGUUGAUUUCCCAGAGAGCUCAGGAAGGGGAGAAAGCAACUCUCAGGUGCAGCCUGUGAGAGAGCAGUCUGGCAAGGUUUCAUCUGCGGAACUAGUGCAGGCAGUCAACGAAAUACUGUCUGCUGCUGGGAUCAAAAUGGAUGUGGAGAAGCAGACCCUACUUCAAAGAACAUUAAAUUUGCAAGAAAAUCUAAGAGAGUCUCAAGCAGCUCUUGUGUUAGAGCAGGAAAAGGUUGAAAAGGCAACAAAAGAAGCUGAUACAGCAAAAUCAGCAUGGAUAUGUCGGGUUUGUCUCAGUUCUGAGGUUGAUAUAACGAUAGUUCCUUGUGGUCACGUAUUGUGUCGUAGAUGUUCUUCUGCAGUGUCGAGAUGUCCUUUUUGCCGGCUUCAGGUUACAAAAGCUAUCAGAAUUUAUCGUCCAUAAUUUCUCCAAUGCUUUUGGACACCGUCAGAUUUCCAUUCGCCAAUUAUUAAUGUUUGCAAAGAUUAAUUGGCUGCAUUGGACUCUGACUUGAAUAUCAUAUUUUGUGAUUGAGCCCCAAAAAUGGGUACUGUUAAAUUUUUUCCUGUAUAUUGGCCUCAAUGAAAAAAGGUUUUGUCCAUUACCCUGUACCUUUCAAUAUUCUUACAUUUUUUUACCACUAAAUCCUGAAAAGGUUAGUGAAAAAGUAUCAAGGCUUUUUCCCUUUA